AUGUUCCGAUCGAGGAUACGGAUACCGCGUGUUUCCCUCGCGCAGCCCGUAGCUCGAGUCCAGAGGUCGCUUCACACCGUACCUGAGCUCCCCCAUUCCUACAAGGAUGGCGUUCCCGGUCUCUUGUCUGCCGACGGAUUCGACAUGGCCUGGACACAAUACCAAACUUUGAUGAUUGAGAAGCUCAACGCCCUCACAGCCGGUACCGAAUUCGAGCAAAAGGACACCUACUCGACCCUCACGGCCACGGCUCGGGAGCCCUCCAAGGCCCCCAUCUUUAACCAUGCCUCCAUGGCUCACAACAACCACUUCUUCUUCAAGAACCUCACUCCCAACCCCACCGCAAUGCCCUCCGAUCUCCGCCGCGACCUGGAGCGCUCCUUUAGCAGCAUCGAGACCCUUCGCCGCGAAUUUGUCGCCACCGCCUCCGCUAUGUUUGGUCCCGGUUUCGUCUGGCUCGUCCAGACAGCUCCGAACGACUUCUCCAUCUUGCCCACCUACCUAGCGGGCUCACCUUACCCCUCCGCGCACUGGCGCCGCCAAGAUAUGGAUAUGAACACCACUGGUAACCAGGGCAGCGCCGCCACCUGGCUCAAGAACACCCAGGUCCGGGGCAUGCCUCAGAAGAAGGAUGAGCUGCCUCCUGGCGGCGUCAAGGUCACCCCUCUCCUCUGCCUCAACACUUGGGAACAUGUCUGGCUCAGGGACUACGGUGUCGGCGCCGGCGGCCAGGGCGGAAAGAAAGCCUUUGCUGAGGCCUGGUGGGAAGCCGUCGACUGGGAGGCCGUCGCUAACUCCUCCCGGCUAACUAAGGGCGGCGAGGGAAGCGGAUCCGUUUCCCGUGGGGAAUCUUCUCCUGUCCCUAAGCCCGCGGAGGAGAGGGAGCGACAGAGCCCUCAGGAUGCUUAA